AUGACUAAACGGAACGCCGAACUAGUUUUGCAAUAUUCUACGGUUUACCCGUUCAGAAUUCGAAGCAAAACUAUGAUUUGUGUCUACUGCUGUGAAGAAUACGAAGACCCAAAAGACUAUAGGGGUCAUUUAGAUGAAGCUCACAAAACAUUCACAGUAUCCACUGCUCUGGCACACUGUGGAUAUGGCAAAGAGUACCUUAAAGUUGACCUUACAGAUCUAAAAUGUAGGAUCUGCUCUUUGCCUUGUAACAAUCUAGAAGAAAUAGCUGAGCAUAUUCGUGAAGUUCACGAUGUGAAGAAAAUUGAUUUGAAUUUUGAAAUUGGUAUGCAUCCUUAUAGAAUGGACGGCGAGAAAUGGGUUUGCUUUCUCUGUGAUAAAAAGAUGCCGUCGCUCACUAAAUUAUGUAGACACACAACUUCUCACUAUCAAAAAUAUACGUGCGAUGUGUGUGGGCGAACUUAUUUGAAAAAUGAAGCUUUGAAAUAUCACAUUCGUUGCAGUCACACUUAUGGGGACCACGUUUGUAGGAAAUGUUGGACAGCUUUUCCGACUUUGGAAAAGAAAAGAGAACAUUUGAGGGAAUCUAAACGUUGUUGGACCUUCUGUUGCAUCAGUUGUGGUGAACGUUUCUUGUCGUGGGAAACUAAACAGAAGCAUCUAGUUGAAGUGCAUGGCCGGCAAAAGAGAAUGUACGAAUGUCCGGAUUGCGAGGAAACUUUUGAAUCUCGCAAACAUUUCUAUACUCACUUUAAAGUGAAUCAUAGUGACGACAGUUUCGUGUGUUCCUGUUGCGGAAUGAAAUUCGGAACUAAAAGAGAACUGGAGGAGCACAGAUUUUGUCAUACUGGCGAGAAACCUUAUAGAUGGUCGACAUUGGAAAUUCGCGGGCGUAGUGAGAAUGAGAGUGAGAAAAAGAAAAUAGUACUCGUAUAUCAGACGCCACAGCGUCGUAACGCGGAACUUAUACUCAGGCAUUCCACUGCCUAUCCAUUUAAAACACGUUUUAGUCAGAUUUUAUGCGCGUAUUGUCACGAUGAAUAUAACACGUUGUCCAAUCUUCGUUACCAUAUGAAAACUGAACAUGUCAACACUGAUUUUAAAAAUGUAUUCUAUAGGACUAAAGAUAAUUUAGUGAAAGUCGACAUAACUAACCUUAAAUGUAAUCUAUGCAGUCAGGACAUUCAAGAUAUAGAUACUUUAAUGGGUCAUUUGUCUAGAGAACAUAACAAAUCUGUCAAAUUCAAUGCGCGGUUCGGUGUAUUACCAUAUAAACAAAACGCAAACGAUCAAUGGGUGUGUGUGUACUGCCAGAAAACCUAUGUAGAGUUUAUUCAGUUCAAACGUCAUAUCGCAACACAUUUUAUGAAUUUUAGCUGUGAUAAAUGUGGUACAACAUUUAUUUCUGAUCACGCGUUGCGUGACCAUCGGCGUCAAGUUAAAUGUUUUAGGACUGCCUAUAAACCUCGUAAUGGCAGGGUUAUGAGACCUCGCACGAAUGCUGAAAUUAUUCUUCAAUGUUCUACAGCUUGUCCGUUUAGAACCUGGAAGAGUAAUUUCAACUGUGUAUUUUGUAGGGUGCAAUCAAGUGAUCCGAGUACGCUUAGAAGUCAUAUGGCGACUCGACAUGAAAAUUACGAUGUACAAGCAGCAUUCUAUAAAAAAUUAGGGAAAGAAUUUCUUAAGAUUGACAUUACCGACCUUCAAUGUAAAUUAUGUUUUAUGCGAAUUGAAAAUUUUGAAACUUUAACAUAUCACUUAAAGAACGAUCAUCAACAACCAAUAAAUUCUGAUGCCCAAGUUGGCGUAUUACCAUUUAGACUAAAUGAUGGGUCGAUUUGGAAAUGCACAAUGUGUCCAAACGAAUUUAAAGACUUUGUCUCUUUAAAAAAACACACAUCUGAACACUUUCAGAAUUAUGUCUGUGAUACAUGUGGUGAAGGAUUCAUAACUGAAUCUGCCAUGAUCGCACAUACUAAAAUACCCCAUGAAAAUAAAUACAAUUGCAGUCGAUGCGUGGCAACAUUUUCUAGUCUAGAAGAGAGAAACAUUCAUGUAAAAACUCAGCAUACGUCGACUCCAUAUAUGUGCGUUUAUUGCAAAGACAAGCCUCGCUUUGCUAAUUGGGAACUUCGGAAGAAACAUUUGAUGGAAGUUCAUAAUUAUAAGACUGGUGCUGACAAAUACGAAUGGACCACAAAGGAUAUUGACGGGCACAAAGAAAAAGAGGGUAAACCAAAAAAAGGUUUAUUUGAACGGUCCGUUAAGCAGAACCCUCAACGGCGAAAUGCUGUGUUAAUACUUAAGCACUCAACUGCUAUUCCGUUUAAGACUAGAUUUAAUAGAAUAUUAUGCUCAUAUUGCCACGAUGAAUUCGAACCUAUGGAAGCUUUAAGAGAUCAUGUCAAAACCACACAUAUAAACGCUGAUUACAACAGCGCUUUUUAUAAAGUUGUGGACGAUUUAAAAGUAGAUAUAAGCCAUUUUAAAUGUAACAUAUGCUCGGAAAACAUUCAGAGUGUUGAAACAUUCAUGACCCACUUGUCCCGUAACCACGGCAAAACUGUUAAUUUUGAUGUACCUUUCGGUGUUUUACCGUAUAAACAAAAUGAAACCGGAGUGUGGAUGUGUCUAGAUUGUGAUAAAGUUUUUCCUGAAUUUUCCCAAAUUAAUGGACACCUACGCAGUCAUGCGAAAAUUUUUACGUGUGAUAAAUGUGGGGCUACUUUCUUAUCCGAACAUGGCCUUAAGCAACACGAGCGCAAUUUUAAAUGUUACAAGGCUACAUAUAAGCCACGUUUUGGAAAAGCCUUAAAACAUCGUUUUAAUACUGAAAUUAUAUUACAAUGUUCUACCGCAUGUCCUUUUCGGACCUGGGGUCAGAAUUUCAAUUGUGUUUUCUGUCGUGUACAGUCAAAUGAUCCAAACGGUUUACGCGCUCAUAUGGCAUCACGACAUGCAAAUUUUGAUAUCCAACUUGUAUUCAGUAGAAAAUUACGUAAGGAGUUCCUUAAAGUUGAUAUAACUGACUUACAGUGUAAGUUAUGCUUUAUGCAUAUAGAUACUCUCGACGAUCUUUUAACACAUUUAAAAAAUGAUCAUAAACAACCCGUCAAUAUAGACGUUCAACCUGGAGUACUUCCAUUCAAACUCAACGAUGGCUCGAGUUGGAAAUGUGCGAUAUGCAAAAUACAAUUUUCAGACUUUAUAUCCUUAAAAAAACACACUGCAGAACAUUACCAGAACUAUGUGUGCGAUACUUGCGGGGAAGGUUUCAUAACAGAAGUGGCUCUCAGAGCUCACACAAAGAUCCCACAUGAUAAUAAAUACAAUUGCAGUAGAUGUAUAGCGACAUUUUCUACUUUGGAAGAGAGAAAUGUUCAUGUAAAAACUCAGCAUACAACUCUUCCUUACAUGUGUGUUUACUGUAAAGACAAGCCACGAUUUGCCACUUGGGAACUUAGAAAACGACAUUUAAUGGAAAUUCAUAACUAUAAACCGGGAGCAGAAAUGUACGAAUGCACAACAUGUCAUAUGAUGUUUAAAACUCGCUCCCAAAAAUAUCAUCACAACGUAAAAGUCCAUCGUACGAAAAAAGAAAUGGACUUUGGAUUUUCUUGUGGACACUGCGCGAGAGGUUUCGCGACAAAACUUUCAUUGGAUAAACAUAUAGCAAAAAAACAUUUUCAUGUC